UCAACGGCCAUACUGUAAGGCUAGUAAUAUUGUUUAUACUCAGUUUGUCAUGUGUAAAUAUAUAUUAUAAAUGUUCAUUAUUUUAAGUGUUGUUAAAAAUAUAUCAAAAUAUAAAUUAAAGAAAACUAAUUUUGAAUAUCUUUGAUUAUGUCUUUAGUUUAGUUGUCAUACUGAUUAAUUUCCAAAUCAUACGAUGGAGAAGUUGAAAUUUUCCUAUAUUUACGUAUCGUCUUGUCUUGAUAUUUUUCCACAGAAUCGUGCAUGGUACCUGUAAUAUUAUUAAAUACGAAGAAAAUGAACGUUUUACAAAUAUUGAACACUGCAGGCGUGUACGUUUAAUAUCAUAUUUUUAUGCUCUUGCAAAGCAUGUAACGCGUGGAGAAAGGAUUUGUUGGUUUACGUGCCAUGGUUUUUAUCCUGAUUGAUGCAUAUCCUCCGGAGUCAAGUUACUACGUUUUAAAUAUGCAUUUAUCAUAUGGUGCCUCGUUUUAUUGCUUCUUAUCAGUCACAAUACCCGUCACGCGUCAGACGUCCUUCAUCAGUCAUUAUACGCAUUACACACAUAUUCGUAUACAUAUACGAGUUUCAUUCAUCUCCUCUGCUCUUUACUUUCCGACAUUGGUUACGACAUGGUUAUUGCAGUGAAAUACGACUAUCAUGAAAAUUACAAUCGGAAGGUCAUCAAAGACAUUUUUUCCACCGAUUAACAAACUAUAAUACAACGUAAUGUAAUAUAAUCACAUUGUUAUUGUUAUUAUUAUUAUACAUGCAAUUUUGAUACAUUUUUAAUCUGUUUGUAAAUCGUCCUAGAAUAAUGGAUACUUGUACAUAUUGAAUAGAGGAAACAAUUUUUGAAUCCUGAAUAUGAAAUUAUUAUAACACAAAGAAACAUACACAUAAUAGAUACACGCAAGCACACAUAAAUACUCUUGAAUAUUAUAUUUAUCAGAGAGAAAAACAGGAAGCUUAAAGUCAGUAUAAUAUUAUGCGGUUUAUCUAAAUUUUAUGAUUUGCAGUCAAAAGCACAUUAUUCAUUCUUGUGUAUGGUGCACUUCACAAAAUAUCAUGAUCGUAAUACAAUAUAUUUGUAUUUUCCUUUAUGUAUGUCAAAUGUCGAAGUUUACUUCUUCCAAUGUAAUCGGGAGACCCGAACAAAGUUCAAGUUCAAGCGUAGAUUUACCAAAAUGUUCAUUAAAUGAUCAGAAUUGUUUUGAAAGUAACAUCAUAGACAAUUCUUCAGUUAUGGCAUAUUUUAGUAGAUAUAUUUAUAUUUUAUGGUCUUAUUACAAAGAUGUAAAUGAUGAUAAUGAAACAAAUAGUAUGACCAUUUUGAUACAAAAUGAAGAAGAACCAGCUGCUGAUUACGAUCAUUAUAAUGAAUUAGACCAAGAAAUUUUGAAUGAAGAUUCUACAAACAAAGUGAAAAGAUCACUUGAACUCGUUGAAGAACAACCCCCUGAAGGAACUUAUCGCCCUUCGACCAAUAACGAUGUGACAAGAUCCGUUCAAUCAAUGCCUUCUCUGCCAUCAAUGCCUUCUCUGCCAUCAAUUCCUUCUAUGCCAUCAAUGCCUUCCAUGCCAGCAAUGCCUUCUAUGCCAGCAAUGCCUUCUAUGCCAGCAAUGCCUUCUAUGCCAGAAAUGCCUUCUAUGCCAUCAAUGCCGUCUUUACCUUCUUUGACAACAUCUUCAAUACCGGAGGUACCAACAAUACCUUCAGUGUCAUCAAUACCUCAACCACCUACAAUGCCUUCAAAUGAACCAAAGAACACAAAUACAGAAGCGACAAAAUAUGAUGUAACGACUAAGUUUCCGGAUGUAGAACAGAUUGAGACUACUACAGAAGAUUAUAGUAAUAUUGGUGAACCAAAUUGCGAUUAUGAUCCCAUUACCUUUGUUUUAAAAUGUGGUUUAAAUUUAAUCACUAGUAUAUUUGGAUUAUCUGAUACAUGUUGCAAACCAAUAAUUUAAUCUAUUUUAUUUAUAUACCGAACAAAUACUAAAUAUUAAAUAUCUAAAAGUAUUUUGUUCAGUAUUUAUUAUCAAUUAUAUUAUACUUUUUAUUUACUUUAAAAUAUGCCAUAAAAAAAACUGUAUGGCAUACUGUGGCUUAGAUAAUAUAUUUAAAUAGAUACCUACCUAAGUAAAUAUUUUGAAUGAAAAAAAUCCAAUGUAUACACAACAAAAUCUAUCAAUGUCAAUAACAAUAAAUUAUAUAAAUUAUACAUUUAUUAAAAAAGAAAAAGAAUGAGACGCAUUUUGAAUAAAGUUAUGUAGUAUUUCAGAUCUUUAUCAGAUUGAUAUUGAUAUUUGAUUUAAUUUUAGAUUAGAUAAUAUAUAUUUAACAGUUCAAUAAACUAUAAUCCGUUUACA